AUGCUGGCAGCUAAGAAAAUGGUCAGAGGAAAUUCCACCUUAGUGACCGAAUUUGUUCUCCUGGGAUUAACAGAUCGUCCAGAGCUUCAGCCCAUCCUCUUUGUGCUGUUCCUGGUGAUCUACUUAAUCAUCGUGGGGGGGAACCUUGGGAUGUUGGUAUCGAUCAGGAUAGAUUCACGCCUCCACACCCCCAUGUACUUCUUUCUUGCCAGUUUGUCCGGCUUGGAUUUGUGUUAUUCCACGAAUGUGACUCCCAAGAUGUUGGCGAACCUCUUAUCAGAGAAGAAAACCAUUUCCUAUGCUGCUUGUUUAACCCAGUGUUAUUUUUUCAUUGCCAUGGUGAUUACUGAGUUAUACAUGCUAGCUGUAAUGGCUUAUGACAGGUACAUGGCCAUCUGUAGCCCUUUGCUUUACAGCAGCAAGAUGUCCAGAGGGGUCUGUAUUCGCCUGAUUGCUGGUCCCUAUGUCUACGGCUUCCUUAGUGGCCUGAUGGAAACCAUGUGGACGCACCGCUUGACCUUCUGUGACUCCAGUAUUAUUAAUCACUUCUACUGCGCUGACCCCCCCCCCAUCCAGCUGUCCUGCUCUGACACUUUCGUUAAAGAGACGUCCAUGUUUGUGGUAGCAGGAUUUAACCUCUCCAACUCCCUCCUCAUAAUUGUCAUCUCUUAUAUCUUCAUUCUCACUGCCAUCCUGAGGAUGCAUUCUGCUGAAGGCAGGCACAAAGCUUUUUCCACGUGUGGUUCCCAUCUGGUGGCAGUGACUGUAUUUUACGGGACACUCUUCUGCAUGUAUGUUAGACCUCCCACGGACAAGUCAGCGGAGCAGUCUAAAAUUAUUGCCGUUUUCUACACUUCAGUUAUUUUUCUAAUGCUUAGCCUGGUACAUAGUCUAUGCUCCCUUAAGAGCCAAAUAGCACGGUUGCGUAAAGAUCAACUAUGGCUCCUAGGAGUAACUGACAUGGGUGUGGGGCGGGUACUGCUGCCGUCCAGGCUUUGUCAAAUCCGUCUGUGGCUGGGGGGUCUCGUUUUGCUCUCCCGUUUUGCUCUCCCGUCUGUUUUCUCAAACGUAGAGGAACAUACCGGACCAAGUCAUUCUCUGGUCCAGUUCAGAUCUGAUGGACUGAAAAAUUAG